AUGGUUCUCAACGCCCACCACGCCAAUGACCACAGAAACCCGAACGGCCCUGGGGAUGCCAGGCCGACGGCGCUCAAGAUCGUCCGAGAUCAAGGCUUAGACGGCGAGCUGUUGGGCAAGGUCUUCUUUGUGACCGGAUGUACAUCUGGGAUCGGUACUGAGACGGCUAGCGCCCCCCACGUCACGGGAGCCGACAUGUGGCAAAUGGAUUGCAAGGGCAUGUUUGGACAGAUGUCUUUGCUUUACGGCCGCCUGAUUCUGUCCUGCCAUUAUGCACUUGUCGUCCUCAUUGCGGGUACUGUCCAGAAGCUGAGGAGGAUGGACUCAGUUGUUCACAUCUUCUACGAGAUUACGGGCACGACAGGCGCCUUCGUCACGGCCCUGGUGCUGAUCCCCCAGCUGGGCAACAACCGCGCCUUCAUCAUCACGCCCGUCGCCUUCUUCUUCUGCGCCACCUCGUGGUUCUUCAUCUCGGACCUCGGCCACGAGAAGAGGAAGGGCCAGGUCCUCGCCAACCAGCCGGGCUACGUCAAGGCGACCCUGGGCGGCUUCUGGCUCUUCUUCGAGUCCAUCGGCGCCGGCGCCAAGAUCCUCUUCACGUCGCGCAAGUUCGUCUGGCUCGUCCCGGGUUACGCCAUCGCGCUGUACGGCCACAGGUACCUCGAGAACGGCAUCGCGCCCCAGGUGGCCAGGCGCUACCUGGGCCAGUCCGGGUGGGGCCAGCUGAUGGUCGGCGGGUCGAACAUGGGCGAGCUGCUCGGGGCGCUGGUCGUGUUCCUGUCCAACAACUACGUGCAGACGCCCAUGCCGUGGUUGCGCCUGGACUCCCUCUUCCUGCUGAUCGUGUGGUACAUGCCCUUCUGGCGCCCGCCCCGUAACCAGGUCGGUCAGGCUUGGCUCGUGGCCGCAACGUUCCUGCCCAUCUCCUUCGGCUGGGCGGCCGGUGAUGUCUCCCUGGCCGCGUACAUACAGGCGUGCCUGGCUAGGCUGGAGUCCAAGAACAAGAACGUGUCUGCUCUGGGGGCGGUCAUGGCAUUCCUCUAUUCCUUCUACAUCGUCACUUAUGCCGUCCUCGGCACGUUCCUCGGGAGGUACCUGGACGGCGUGUACAACGCGACGGGCGGCUCUGACGGGGGUUCCAUCUCGAGCGGGCUCGUGUACACGGCCGGCGCGCAGUUCACCAUCAUCUGCGUGGUGGUGUUCGCGAGCACGUUCGUGCCCAAGGGGGCGGUGGCGUUCAACCCUAAGAUGCUGCACGACGAGGCGUUGGAUGAUGAUGUCGACAUGCAAGAGGUCGCCUCUGCGGACAACUCGCCUGAGAUUCGGCCUGGUAGCAGGUGCGACAGCGAUGGGUUUGACGUAUACGAUGAGAAGAGUCCGGCUAUUAUCAUCUAA